AGCAUCGGCAUGGCGCUCACGGAUACCCUCGACGACUUGAUCAGCGAGCGUCGCAUCGAGCCUCAACUGGCAAUGAAGAUCCUGGCGAACUUCGAUCGAAGUAUUACAGAGGUCUUGGCUGACAAGGUGAAGGCGAGGUUGACUUUCAAGGGUCAUCUUGAUACCUACCGUUUCUGCGAUGAGGUCUGGACCUUCUUGAUCAAGGAUGUCACCUUCAAGAUGGAGAACUCGAGUCAGACUGUCGUAGCAGAUAAGGUCAAGAUCGUUAGCUGCAACAGCAAGAGACCUGGCGAUCCUCAAUAAUCAACCAGCGCCACCCAAGAUUGUCGAUACGAUAUGAGAUUGCAAGAUCUUACGGCUUGUGGCUGGGCAUCACUUAGAUUUCUGCUUUUGUCCGCUGGGAUGGUCUACAAGCACAUAAAAUGAUACCUUAUUUGAUCAGGGAAUUGCGGACAUGACCCUGGAGGAGCAUAUGCGGUGUUUUACGGACAGGCGUUACGACGGUUAGGGCGGCGGAACAAAGAACAUUCAGUCGAAGGACAAUGUCUCUAUUUGAUUUGAGACAUUUUAGACAUUGAAUGCAAGAUUUCUCAACAC